UAAUACAGCACGGAUUUGCAUUGUGUCGCGGAAAUAUAUCACGUUAGUUAGCUAUCGAACGGCAGCGAGUCGUGCCGUUGCGCAAGUCUGCGCAAGCGCAAGCGAGUGACUAGAACACGUAACUAUGAAGUCGACGGAGAAAGUUAAGGUGAGCCAUAUCAGCGGCAGCGCGGUGUCCCUGGGAGACAGCAAUAUAUUAGAAGGGUACGGCGCAUACCAAUCCCGCGAGCAAAUAAUUCUGAAGAACCACAGUCAGCAAGACUUCGAGAAUGGGAAAGAAGCGGAAGCGAAUGACGCCCACCAUCAUGUUACACACCCUACAUCAUACCUGGAUACAAUGUUGCAUCUCUUCCGAGGUAACAUCGGCACUGGACUUCUGGCUAUGGGAGACGCUUUCAAAAACGGUGGAAUUGUAUUUUCACCCAUUAUGACCGCUGUGCUCGGGAUUAUAUGCGUGCAUGCGCAGCAUUUACUGUUAAACUGUUCCGAGGCGAUGUAUCGUGAAACGAAACGAGAUAGACCUCCAGGAUUCGCGGAUACUGUAGCGCUGGUGUUCGAGUAUGGCCCGGUGCGGUUGAGGAAAUUGGCCUCCACCAUGCGGAUUAUGGUCAAUACAUUUUUAUGCAUUACACAACUGGGCUUCUGCUGCGUUUACAUCGUCUUCAUCGCGAAUAAUGUUAAACAGAUUUGCGACCAGUACGGUGUCAACAUAGAUCUGUCAGUGCAUAUGAUAAUUGUUGUCAUUCCUGUGCUUGUAUCGUGUAUGGUGCGGAACCUCAAGUACCUGACACCAUUCUCCACAUUUGCGAACGUCUUGAUGGCGUUGGGAGUGGGUGUUGUGAUGUAUGAAGCUGCCCAGGAUCUGCCGCCAGUUCAGGACAGGGUUUACUUGGCCAGUUGGCAACAGCUGCCGCUGUACUUUGGUACUGCUAUAUACGCUUUUGAGGGGAUCGGUCUGGUUUUACCUUUAAAGAAUGAGAUGAGACAACCAAACCAAUUUCAAAAGCCACUGGGAGUAUUGAAUGUUGGCAUGGUGGUAGUGGGCGCCAUCUUUAUUUCCAUGGGAUUCCUAGGAUACCUGAAAUGGGGAGAGAAUGUCGCAGGCAGCUUGAGUCUUAACUUACCGCCUGGACAAGUGUUAAGCACCGUGGUCCAGGGUUUGAUAGCACUAGCCAUGAUGUUCACAUACCCGCUGCAGUUCUACGUGCCGAUCGCUAUCACGUGGCCCGCGCUGCGCAAGCGUUUCGGGCGAACCUCCCCCGUCGCUAAGGAACUAGGCUAUAGGGCUCUGAUGGUUAUGAUUACUUUUAUCCUCGCUGAAUCGAUACCAGAACUGGGUUUAUUCAUAUCGCUAGUAGGAGCCAUAAGCAGCACCACGUUAGCUCUGAUGUUCCCGCCUCUAAUACAAUUGGUGUACGACGCACACAGGAAUCAACUCACCCUCUUUGUUAUUAUGAAGAAUUCUCUAAUCAUUCUAAUAGGACUGUUUAUCUUCAUCACUGGCACUUAUGAGAGUUUAGCAGAGAUCAUAAAAUUCUUCCGACAUUAAUUAAAAUGAAUAGAUAAUAUAAGAAAAAUACAUAACGGCUAAAGCGGGCGAUAAGAAAUCUUUUGAGUUCGUGAAAUUUCCUUUUCAACCAACUACUCAACGACUCGUGUUACGCUAUUACUGUCUUCCUCGGAGUACUAUACCUACUCCCAAUCAAAUUAACUGAUGAGACUGUGGAUUUACUCAAGUCUUUUUCUGUCGAGAUGUUCUUUGCCUGUUUGGAGCAGUAAAAAUAUUCAGCUCGCAAUAAAACCAGUGCCAGGCUCUCAGCCACUAUGGUAGCUAGAUAUUAUAUAUAUAAUGGUUAAGUUUAUAAGUUUAUGCUUCAGUAGCAUUUCAAUAAUAUGUACAUGUAAUGACACAUGUUAGAAGAUGUUACAUUAAAGUAAUUGACAAUUCUCUUAAAGCUCCAGGGCAAUCAUUAUUCUACCAAUAGGUAGGUCGUAUUGUAGUGAUAAUUACUAAGAGAUAAUUAAUAUACGUUUAAGAGUGAGAUACCUGUCUCUUUUAGUAUUAUAAUAAAUAAAUCAGUGUGAAUUUCAAGUAGUUGAUGAAUUAUAGCAUUAUAAGUAUUAGGUAUAAAUUUACCUUUUGUAUGUUAUAUGAUGGUGCAGUGGUGCUACUGAUUAGUGAUUGUAUAUUUAUUACUCACCGAAUUAAAUAAUUCUGCAAUAGGUAGAUAAGUUUAUCGAUUUUACCAAUUCAUUGAUUAUUUAUUUCUUCUAGAUUUAGCUUGAAUGAAUUUGUGAUAUUCAUACGUUAGGUAUUUGUAGUUAUUAGUUAUUCUAUAAUUUAUCGUAUAUAUAUUUUGUGCAAUUCGACGACAUGUCAUAUCAGUCAACCCGGCCAGCGUGGUGGAUUAUGGCCUAAACCCUCAUAGAAGGUCCGUGUCCCAGCAGUGGGAACAUGGGAACAACAUAUAUGGCCUGACGAUGAUAUUUUGUGCGCAUUCGUGAAAGAAGAUUAAUUAAAUUAAAUAGUUUUGACGAUAUCUGUGAUGUAAUUGUGAAUUAGAAAUAUAUGAUUAUGCUAA